AUGCAUACAACAAAAUACACCGACUCAUCUCGUGAGUCAGCGUUGAGAGUCAAACUUCCAAUAUUCACGGUUCAAGGCGUGGUGUCGGAUAACUCCUCGUCGGUUCGCGUUUUUCGUGGUGUCCCUUACGCCGAGCCUCCUGUUGGGGAGCUCCGUUUCCGACCUCCAGUAACCAAGAAACCAGUAUCCGGUAUCGUUGAUGCCACAAAAUACAAGGAUAUUUGCCCUAUAUGGAAUCAGGGAGGCCCGAGUAUCUAUAGCGAGUAUAUUACUGGCGAUCAGCCUUAUCCGUACUUGGAUCAAGGAGAAGAUUGCCUUCAUCUUAAUAUAUGGACUCCUAUGAAUGCGACAUACCACAGUAACUUAACAGUCAUGAUUUGGGUUCAUGGUGGCGGGAACACCGGUGGCAACGCCGCCCAGCCCUUUAAGGAAGGGACUUUCAUUGCCCAGAACCAAAACGUCAUUGUAAUCUCUCUUGACUACCGACUGAACAUUUUCGGUUAUCCUGGAUAUGUACCCGCAUUUGGAGGCAAAAAUCUGAAUCCUGGCCUGCUUGACAUCCGAAAAGCUGUCGAAUGGACCUAUACUUAUAUCAAGUCUUUUGGCGGAGAUCCAGAGAGCAUGAUUUUAUUUGGGCAAUCUGCGGGUGGAGCGAACGUUGAUUACUACACUUAUGCGUGGCCGACUGACCCCCUUUUAAAAGGAUUCAUUUCAGAAAGCGGCGUCGCAAGUUCAUUUGGGAAUUUCGAUCUGCCUGGCAACAACUGGACCUAUGUGGCCAACCACUUCAAUUGCACCGGCGACCAAGAUCAGCAGCUCAGCUGUCUGCAAGAACCUGACAAUCAAACCAUUUUCAGCAAUUACAAAGAUCUCAGGCGACGUGGACAGUAUGCGAAGGGUGGCUAUCUGACUGGUAACAACGCAAAUGAGGGCGAGAGUCUCAUCACGCCUUUCUCCGAGGCAAACGGACCAAACCAGAACUUGGUUUACAUUCAAUCCGAUCUACUGUUCAAUUGUGCAAGCAAUUCAUCAGCAACUGGAGAUACUAUUACCGUGGGGUGUGGCCUAACCAAAAUCCCCUUCGCUUGGCUUGGGUCCUAUCACUCAAGUGAGAUUCCUCAGGUUUGGGGUACAGCAGAAACCUGGGGAGGUAACAAGCUCGGUGGUCCCAACACCCCUGAAGAGGCCGCCUUUAGCCGGUACAUCCAGAGAGCAUGGGCAACCUUUGCUAAAGACCCCAUAAAUGGUCUUUCCAGCUUAGGCUGGCCAAAAUACAACGUAAAUGAGAAUACGUUGGUUCAGCUGGCGUAUAAUGGCUCAACAAUUCCACAAUUCGUGAGCCCUAUGGUGGCUGAUAAGAACUGCACUUUGCCAGGACACUCGGCCUAA